UGAGAUCCUUUUCGUGCAGUCACGCGGUCGUACACUUCCUGGUCCCUUGAAACUCUCUGGUUCGACUGCUCCCCAACUCAUCCUGACUUGCUCCGUGUGCUUCGGAACCUGGUCGUAGCCAUGGCCGCCGACCACCCCUUGGCGGGGAUAUACAGCGCGACAUACAGCGGUAUCCCCGUCUACGAGUACCAGUUCGGGCCCGACCUGAAAGAACAUGUCAUGCGCCGUCGGGAGGAUAACUGGAUCAAUGCCACCCACAUCCUGAAAGCCGCCGGCUUUGACAAGCCCGCCCGGACGAGGAUCCUCGAGCGCGAGGUCCAGAAAGAGGCGCACAGGAAAAUCCAGGGUGGCUACGGGAAAUACCAAGGCACUUGGAUCUCCCUCGAGCAAGGCGAGGUGCUUGCCCGGCGGAACAACGUCUACGAACGGCUGCGGCCCAUCUUCGAGUUCGAGCCGGGCAAUGAGAGCCCUCCGCCCGCUCCCAGGCAUGCCAGCAGGCCGAAGGCCCCCAGGGCCCGGCCUGCUGUUCCAAAGUGGGGAAGUAAGUCGCAAGGCAGCCAGAACCACCUGCCACAUGCAACACCCUUCUCACACGGUCAUCACCAAGGCGCCGCCGUCCAAGAAGAGUACGACAACGCCGACAGCCAGAUGAACGAGGACGACACGCCCGACAAUCUGACCGUGGCCUCGGCCUCGUACAUGGCCGAGGACGACCGCUACGACAUGUCGCACUAUUCGACCGGCCACAGGAAACGGAAGCGGGAGGAGAUGCUGCAGGACUUGACCGAGCAGCAGCACGCCAUGUACGGAGACGAAUUACUGGACUACUUUUUACUCUCCCGAAACGAGCAGCCCGCCAUCCGCCCCGACCCGCCGACCAACUUCCAGCCAGACUGGCCCAUCGACACGGAGCGGCAUACCGCCUUGCACUGGGCCUCCGCUAUGGGCGACGUAGAGGUCAUUAGGCAGCUAAAGCGGUUUGGCGCGAACCUGGCCUCGCGGAACGUGCGAGGCGAGACUCCGUUCAUGCGGUCCGUCAACUUCACCAAUUGCUACGAGAAGCAGACGUUCCCGACCGUCAUGAAGGAACUCUUCAGUACCGUGGAUGAGCGGGACGACUCGGGCUGCACCGUCCUCCAUCAUGCCGCCAUCAUGAAGAGCGGGCGCGUCACCAGUCACUCAUGUUCGCGCUACUAUCUCGACAACAUCUUGAACAAGCUGCAGGAAACCCGCUCCGGGGACGAGUUUCAGCAGCUGCUCGAUGCCCAAGACCGCGACGGCAACACCGCCAUGCACUUAGCCGCCAUGCGGGACGCUCGCAAGUGCAUCCGCGCGCUGCUCGGUCGCGGCGCGUCCACCGACAUCCCCAACAACCAGGGCGUGAGAGCAGAGGACUUGAUCAGGGAGCUCAAUGCCUCAAAGAGCAAGACUGCCCGCGGCCCGCCACAGCGCUCAUCCAGCCCCUUCGCGCCCGACUCGCAACGGCACACGGCCUUCCGUGACGCCGUAGCCGAAUCUGAUAGCAGGCUCCCGGUGAGCUUCCGCAGCGAGGCCGCGAAUACAGUCCAUUCGCGCAUCACCCCGCUUGUGCUGCAGAGGCUCCAGGACCUCGCGCAGAGUUACGAGAACGAGCUCAAUGAGAAGGAAGAAGCUGAGAAAGAAGCGCGCCGGAUUCUCCUGAACAGCCAAGCCGAAUUGGCCAACCUGCGCACCGCCAUCGCCGAGCUCGAGUCGCGCGCCGAGGCCGACGAAACCGCUGCGAAGACGACCGCCGAAGCCGCCGAUAUCGCCAAGAAGGUGCUCGCGUAUUACACCCACCAGAACCGCAUCCUCAUACAGGAAGCCGUCAAAAACGAGCUCGCCGGCAACAUCAACGGUGACAGCAACAAGGGCGCCGCCACCGACAAGCACCAGGACCAGCCCAACGGCGAGACCUCCUCCGAAACGCAGAACGCCGCCGCCGCCUCAACCAACCCCUCUCCCGCACCCGCCGGCAACACAUCCCUCCGGUCCUCUGACCUCGAAGAAGACGACGACAGCCCGCAGGCGCGGCUACAACUCGCCACGGAGCUGCGCGCGCUCUUGCUGGACCAGCGCCGCGCCGAGCAGGCCUACGUCGACGCGCUCGGCGCCGUCGGCACCGGUGAUCGCAUCGAGCGGUACAUGCGCCUGCUGAAAUCGUGCCUGCCGCCCGAGGAGCACAGCAUGCUGGACCAGAACCUGGACGAGGUGAUCAAGAUGAUGGAGGACGAGGCGGAUGCCGAUACGGCUCUCGAUGGCGCGGCUGCCGCUGCCGCAGCGGCGGACCACGAAGAGCGCGACGGGUUGCCCCUGCCCAUGCCGGCGUCGCUGCCGCUGCCGGUCCCGAUGCCGGCGCCCGGCUCUUCUCACCACCAUGCGCGUGGCCACGCGCCAGGGUCGGUGAUGGAUGUGGAUGGCGGCGAUGAGAGGUCGGCGAGCUUGGACGGGCCGGUGCCCGGCCGCUCAGAUCUGCCGAUGGACAGGCCGCCCUUGCCUGCGACUGCCUCUGCCUCUUCUGCCUCUGCGACGAUGUAGGACAUCGGAGGCGCUGUGUGGCCGGUUGUCGGGAGCGUUGUGUUGCCGCGUGUCGGAGGCCCGAGCUUGCUGGGAGGGAGCGCGCCGUUGGCUUUGUCUGCGCCCACGUCUGCGUCUGCGUUUGCGUCUGCUUCUGCGCCUGCGGCUAGGCCUAUGUCUACUACGCCUGCGCCUUGGUCUGCGUCAGCGUUCACGCCUGUGUUUGGGUCUGCUUCGGCGUCCACGCCUGCGCCUUGGUCUGUUUCAGCGUUUACGCCUGCGUCUGCGUUUACGUCUGGGUUCAUGCCCGCUUCAGCGUCAACGCCUGCGCCUGGGUUUUCGUCUGGGUUUGCGUCUGGGUUUACAUCCGGGUUUACGCCCGCUUCAGCGUCGGCGCCUGCGCCUGCGCCUGGGUUCACGUCUGGGUCUACAUUUUGGUUUGCACCUGCAUCUGCGGCUGCGUC